AUGUACCAGAUCCUCCCUUACAUGGAGGAGCAGAGUCUCUACGACCUCCGAGAAGGAGACGGGUCCGGGAAUACCGGGUUUGUUGACACCGGUCUAAUCGAACGGCCUGUCUCAGCGUUCAAUUGCCCGACCCGCAACAACAGGUUUGGCAAUGACGGACUCGAUGUCUACGCCUUAGGAGACUACGCCGGCAUCAUGGCGAGCCACAACGACCCGGGUUGGCAAGGGUUUGCGUGGCAAAACACGGUUCCGCCAAAUACUAACGAGGAGGACGCCGUCUGGACCGGCAUUAUCGUUAAGGGCGGGCAGGUCAAUGUCAACAGCGGCGAGGUUUGGGAGUUUAGCAAGGUAAGCUUCGCCAAAGUAACGGACGGCAGCUCGAAGACAAUUCUCGUCGCUGAAAAGGCCGCGAACGGCGCCCUCUACAGCAUCGAUUCCGCCGCCGCGGGCGGUAAGCACCCCUAUUGGGAACUGUACGGUUACUAUAUCGGAGCGGACUGGCCGACGAUGCGGCAGUUCGGAGCCCUUACUCAAGGAACUUCGAGCCCGAAUGUUGAGGUCGCCGUCAAGCCGGACUCGCAGAGUCGCGUCGUCAUGGAUCGAGGAAGACCUUCGACAAACGUCCCCGACGAGCAAGGCUUCGGCUCGGCGCAUCCGAGUGUCUUAAUGGCCCUGCUUGGAGAUGGUUCCGUACGAACGAUCUCAAUGGAUGCCGACCUCGUUCUACUUGAUCAGCUUGGCAAACGACGGUUGAUGGUUGUCCAUAACCCUUAUCUGUGGAUCCUGUGUUGCGGUUUGUUGUUCGUCGCCACGGUCACCGGCUGUCGCCAAAGCAGCCCCGAGUCUACCCUUGCCUCGCUCAAUGAGUCGAAUGUCCAGCGGCUGACGAACCUUUACUUCGCCUACCAAAAGAAGCACAGCUUCAACGGCCCUAAGGACGAACAGGACUUUCGACAAUUUAUUCAAGGGAUCAGCCCAGACAAGUUAUCGCGGAUCGGAGUCGAUCCCGCUUCGAUCGACACCGUUUUCAUCAGUGAUCGCGAUGGCCAGCCACUUAGGGUUCGCUACCGAGUUAAGGGGAGCAUGAUGGGCUCUCAAGAACCGGUCGUCUUCGAAGCAGAAGGCGCCGAGGGAAUGCGAAUGGUCGGAUUCCUCAACAUGACCCAGCGCGAGGUGGAUGCCGCCGAGUACGACCAGCUCUGGUCGGGGAAGGUCGCCGGCGGUUCAACUCGCAACAACAACUCUUAA